UUAAAAUCAUCAAAACCUGGACCACUGUCAGCUGGGGUGGACACUGUGGAUGGCAAAACAAGACCAAGCACAUAAAAACUUUCAAAAUGGCAAGUACAAGAAAUGACACAUUUGACAACUUCGACAAGAGAGAUGGCAUGACGCCAGGUCAGGUUGCCGAUGUCUUCACAAACGCCGCCGGCACUUACGACAAGGUGUGGACGAUCAGAAAUUACAAGGACCACUUAUAUGUAGCCGAGGGUGUAGCUGACUACUUUCAGGAAGAUAGGAGGGCAUCUGUGAAGAUUCUGGAUGUUGCUGCUGGCACAGGGAUGUUAGCUGAACAGUUGUGGAAAAAAGGAUUUAGGCAACUAGACGGUCUUGAUCCAUCGCCUGGUAUGAUGGCUGAAGCAAUGAAGAAAGGCGUAUACACUAAUUACUACCUGGAGUUCAUGGAUGGACACACCAUUACCGAACUGGACACAGACACAUACGAUUGUCUGGUGGUAGCUGCUGGUUUCAACAUAGGUUUAUUGCCUUCUGCUGCCUUACCGGAGAUGGUGCGACUUGUGAAGCCGGGAGGUGUGAUGUGUUUUGGCAUCCCCGACGCUCGAUUCACUGAGGUAAAGGAAUACAUCAACAGACUGGAACCUCUGAUGCAAUGGAUGGAACAGGAUGGGGCGUGGCAACUGUUGGACAAGAAACACUUCGAGGAUUUUUAUGACGAUGCAAAUCCAGGACUUGUCUUCAGAUAUAUAGUUCGUGCAUCUGAUAUCGAUGGAAAACAAUACAUAGAAAAGCUUUGUCACACACACUGACGUUCUUUCACUGAUGAAACCAGUGCUAUUAAGAAAUACACUGUUUAAGAAUCCUACCAGCUGUGGUAAUGGCCCUUGUAAUGUUAAUCCAAUUAUUGGUGCAGCAAUAUGUGUCCAGUCUUUGUUAAAUGCUUUGCUGUCACUCUUCAACUACCCCUGCUUCUCGUUGUUAGUUGCUACUUUGUGAGUACCAAGCUAAUGCUGGGGACAGAUACUGUGCGAUUGUCCCUGUUAGGUUCCCUGUAUGUAGCCAUGGAAUGUAAAUCACAGUUUGCCAGGCUUCUGUUGCUCAUGUGUUUCAGCUUUUCUUAUUUAGUAACCAUGGUUCCUAGUUUGUUGAUCUAACAUCGGGUUUGGGGUCCAUUUUUAUAUUGUGGUGUUGAUU